AAAUUCCUCUUGUCUGGCAUCAGGUUCCCGGGGGAAAGGGCGGAGAGUUGGCAACAAACUCUGUAACGUAAGUAACAGUAAGCAGACAAGGUCCGACAAACUGGGAAACUCGUUUUACCGAAAACCGAAGAGAGGAGAAGCCGUCUCUGGCUCCAGUUCACGCCGACUGAGUUUCAGCAAAGGGGAGCGGAAGGGCAGUGAACCAUGAACCGCGGUGUUGUCGGGAUGAGGCAGGCGCACACGGGCAUAUAUUAGUGGGGACAGUCUGUUGCUCUACUGCUCCAACUGCGAGCGUGUUUUCCCGGCAGAGGCAGCUGGAGGUCCAAUGGCAGACAGGCGGACUAGAGGCAUGACCGGCUCGGAUCUGGGCAGGACCACCGCGGCCCGAGCUGCUGCUAUAGCGGAGCAGCUUCACCAUGAGUGUUCUGUCUUGCUGGAACUUUAUAGAAAGAAGGAGAAUUUCACUGCUGAUGUUGCGGUGGCUGACGGCCGUCUGGUGUCCGUCCCUCCUCCUUCCUCCCAGCUGGACACCAGGGACAAGCUCUGGCGUCUCCACUCUGCUCUGCUACAGUGCCGCAGCUUGCUGGACCGAGCCAUCGCCAAAGAGGAAGAGGAGCUGGGCGAUGGGAAAAAGGGUGAGUAUGAGACCCAGAGGAAGAUGGUGAAGGACAGGCUGUCGCUUCUCUUAAUCAACACUGGAGAACUCCUCAAAGCUGUUGACGGUACGGCAGUCCUGACUCCCAGCUCGGAGGGUUUGGAGUUAGACGAUCCGACCAUUCUGUUUGAGCUGAAGCUUUGGGUAUACCGGAUCUUCAAAGAGGUGGACUACUGGACCAAGACAGCCAUCACCACCUUGCAAGCCAUGCCCUCGGUGGUUGCCAAGGAGCGAACGAGGAACACGCGAGUCAGGAGCAUGAGGAGCGCUCGGAGAUGAGAUAGAAACGUGAGAAGUGUGUGUGUGCGUGUGUGUGCGCUGACAUGUAUGGAGAGAAAUAGCCCACUGAUAAAGACAGAUCCCUACUGAGACAGGGAGAUGAAUGGGUGGGUUAUUAUUGGGCUUGAAGACUCCUUUUACAUGAACAGACUUAAAGCCUUUGACAGAGAGGUACCAAGAGACAAUAACUAUGUUUAUAAUAGCUAAUAACAUUUGUUGGAAGAUUAUUUUAAGUAUGUUAGUCUAAUACAACUUUAUUUAUUGUUUACCAUUGUAAGAUGACAUCCAAAAAUGCAUCUAGAUUCUGAAUUAAAAUAUAGCAGUUUCUUUCUUUCUUUCUUUCUUUCUUUCUUUCUCUUUCUUUCUUUCACAUUUUGGCAUUGAGGAAACAUAACAUGAUUAAGUCCAACUCAAAAUGCAAAUGGACAUGUAGCUACUUUUCUCACUUGCUAACAUCAAACUCACAUUCACGGUUUUGCACUCCUUUUGACACAGCUGAAGUUAUUAUUAAGAUAUACUGCAAGGAUCCCCUGCAGCUGGUGGAGUAAGCAGUCAGCAAGGGACACAUUCUGAUGGAAAUGAGAACAUUUGAAUUCAUGCCAUCACCAGUCUGUAGCUCUGAUGUGUGUACUUUUGAACAAGGUGGCUGUAAAUCAUUCCACAUAGAUUCUCAUCUGGGGAUGGUCGGUGUGUGAACAGAAAAAGAAAUCUGUGUAACAGCACCCUCUAGUGUUUACACAGUGCCAUUACAUAUAGUCCUUUCUUGGUUUUCCUCAGUAAUGCUUAUGUUAAAUUAUCCUGUUCUUAUAGUUUUAUUAUGUUUUUAGGGCACUUUAGUAGCAAUGAAAUCAUGUAAAAUCAUGUCACAGGGUUUAGGAAGCAACAAGUGGGCAUAAAAAUGGGCACAUAAGCAGGGACUGUAGUGAAAGUACAGUUUAAUUAGAAGAAAUCUACAAACUUAUGUGAUGAAAGAAAAUUUGAUGUUGAUUUAAUUUUAAUUGUUUGAUUGUUUAAAAUAACAUAAAACUAUUUUUUGUACUUCAUUUAAUUUAAAUGAUAAAGUUUUAAAGAUUUUGAUUUUAUUUAUUUAUUACCAGGUCAUGUUAAAAAGCCCAGCAAGAGGGGAACAAAACCAAUGUUCUACAUUACAAUGGUCAAAAUAUAUCCCAUUUUGACAGGGCCUGAAUUCAGUCAGCUGAAAGUAAGGAUUUUUGUCUGUGAAGUGAUCCAUUAUCUUUCCACUGGGCAGUUGCAGCUUGCACUGCAAUAAUCAACAUAUAGUCGAUAGGUUAACUUGUUGUGAUCAGUGAUCAGAACAGAGAAAAUAAUCAAAAAUUUCCCUCAACGUUUAACUCAAUGAGUCUAACCUGGGCUGCAUUAAUAAUUAAAGUAGCAUCACAGUUAGACCCAGAAUGUCUUAAUGAUGCAUUAAGCUUCAGGCUAAGAAAAAGAGAAGAGACUACAAAUGGGAUUAAAUCCUACAUAUAGAAGUCUUGCCUAGAUAACCAAUAAGAUCCAUGAUAACUAGCAGAAAGGGACGUGAUGGGAGUAAAAAAUAUAGCAAGAGGUCUUUUAUGGAAAAAGCAAGUAAACCUUUGUAGUAUUUACAUCUUCAGGAUGAUGAACUGGACAGCGCAUACAUCUAAUAAAAUUUUAUUUAUUUUUUCAAAAGGCUUUUCUGGCUCUGUUGGCUGUAGACAAAGAAUAACAUUGGGUUAAAAAAUGCAAGUAUGUUGCUACAGGAAAAGCUUGAACCAGGAAUUUUGAAUAACACUGUUCAAAACAAAACUGUAUGUGGGAGCAUUUUACUAUGGAAAGUUAUCAUGGUGGCAAUUAUUUUAUUCUCUGACUUGACCAUUGCAAGGUAAAUACUAGAAUUACGCUGUACUUGUUAAAAAGUAUUCCACCAAUACUGGGACCACUGGGCCAAUGCAUUGGUCUCACUGAAGUGAAUGAGGCUGCAUAUCUUUGACGCAGUGCUAUUGUUGGUCUGAAUGCAGCCUCAUUGCCUGCACAACUGAGUAGUUACAGGUUUCAAUGGCUUCAUAUUAUAGCCCUCCGUUCUUCUGUUUUUGCCACACAUAUCAUUUGUCAGUCACGGAUUGACCUACACAAGACUCAUACAGUCAUUUUUAGACUGUCCUCCUCCUGCAGACUCCAGGAAGUACAGCACCGUGGUUACAUUCCUGGCAAACAAAAUGUUUUUUUUGCAUAUGUGCUAUUGAUUGAUUGAUUGAUUGAUUUUCCUAACUUUUACUGUGUGUGUUCUUUAUGAGUGUCGUUUGUUACACCACUAGGUGCUCUCACUUUUGACCUCUGGGCAGAGAGAGCAAGCUGUAGACAAAUGGCUCGAAGCAGAAAGAGAGGAUUAUGUUACCACCGCAUCUGUCUAUAUAAGCAGCAGUCAUACUGUAGGAAACUGCCACACUCAUUAGAGUUGUCACAACAGUGGCUGGAUUUUCACAUUGUAAAGACUGUAUGAUUGACCCCAUGUUAUCCCUGAUGGUCAACCAAAUGUUUGGAUGUACUGAUGAAUUGUCAUUAUUGUUUAUCUUUUAUAGUUUAUAGUCAAGCGGCAAUAAUCCCCAUCCUGCAAAUGUGGCUUUAUCGGUGCAAUGAUUGUCUUGCCGGAUACACUUGUCCCUCGAUAAAAUGUUAACGCAAGACACCAGACACCAAAGCUAGAUUUAAUCUUUCGGCUGACAAAUUUGUUUUGUAUUACACUACAUCACUGUAGUCCAAAGAUCUCGUUGGUGUCUCAAAUUAAAUCUGUCUUUUGGAAUGAAAACCAUCUUCUCUUGAGCUUUUCAAGUAAAGCCCCUCUCUGACAUGGAAUCUGUCACAUUGUUCUCUCUGUUCAAGGGCUGGCUUUUCAACUUUCAAACACACUGUAGGGCUCCGUUAUGAAGAAGUAUCUCUAAAUGGAUAGAGCAGUGCCUGAUAGUUGGCAUCUUUUUUGCAAUAUUGGAAAUAUAUAAGGCUGCAAGUAACGAAUAUUUUCAAGACCGUUUAUAACCAAUUAUUUAAUUAGGUUUUUAAUUGAUUUAAUAAAAUCUCAGAAAAUGGUAAAAUCCCAGAGAAAGUUGACACAUUCAGUUUACUAUCAUUGAAGACUAAAAAUAUAGUAAAUAUUUAUUUUUAGAACCUGGAGCAAGUGAAUUUUAGGCAGUUUUGCUGAAAAAAAGACUUAAACAAGCAGUUGAUCAUAAAAUUAAUAUUUUUUAAAUUAAUUUUCUGCAGACAGAUGAAUCAACUAAUCAUUUCAGCUCUACAAUGCUGUAACUUACGAGUAUUGUACAAUGUCAUUUUUUUUUUUUUAUCAGUAUGGAAAGAAGUUCUCAAAUAUCAUUUUUUACAAAUGUAGCUUGCAGAAGUGUCUCAAAUCUGCUGUUUCAAAAUGUCCUGCAUGAUCAAAGCGCAUUCACUUUGAUUGAUGAUUGGUUUGCCCACUAUAUAUUUGAAAUUUUCGUAUGUAAGAACACUGUAAUCCUGACUUUGCUUUUACUGGCAAUGUUACCGCUUUUAUUCAAACUUGAGCCACCUAGAAUAUUUACGCAGUAUUUUAUGUCUAAAAGUGCCUUAAAACAAUGUAAACAAAACAGACCAGCACUAAAGCCCUCCCAUCAGUUUCAUUUUAUAGUGACGUAUUGAAUAUAAUACAGGGCCAAUAUGGCAACCAGGACAUACAUUUUAAACUCUAACUUCAUAGUUUAAAUGCUGUUAUUGUUUUCAUUUAAGGUCAAAAUGAUUACUUAUCAUUAAUCAGCUUACAAAAUAUAUAAGCGAGAGCACUGGUGAAUGCAUUGUGAAUAUGACACCAAAAGAAUGUACAGUCUUUUAUGUUUGUCUGAAACUUUGGUAUGAUGUAAAAACUUUAUUUAUUGUUGACUGUAUUUCAGAGGGUGUGUGAGUGGGUUGAAAUAAAUUGAUCUUGGCUAUAA